CCUCUUUUUUUCUUAGAAUGACAUUGGGGACGAUAUUAUAACAUUUAAUUGAUAUUCUGUGGCACCUCACCUCUUUAUUUACUCUUUACCCAAACAAACCCCUCAGCCUACUCAGUUUUAACGGCAGACUUUAUAUUCUGCAUUGCAGAGCAGGUGUGAGCAGCUCCUUAAUCUGCUUUGUGAUCGCAGCGGGGAGGUAAGCAAACUAUUGAGAUUAUUCGUUUGGAAAUGAAAUGCAGAGGUGGAACAGAUACAAUUGUGACUUAAGCACACCUCUCUAGUAAGUUGGGAAGCAUGAAUAUGAAAAUGUUUCUGCAGUUGUUUGAUGGGUUUUGAAAAGCAACGAGGGUCCAAUAAAAUAAUGUGUGGCCUGUGGGAAGAUGACCUAUAUCAACAAUCUUCCAAAUCAGACUGGGUAGCCUAGCAAACCCCAAACUGAAAAAAAACCAUUCUAGGUCGGUGAUGUUUUGCUUUAAUUUGUAGAAUUCUCAAACCCCACGUCAAAAAAAAGAUAGGCUAUUGCUGUGUGUCUUAGGGUAUGAGACAUUUACAUUUACGUAAUUUAGCAGACGCUAUUGUCCAUAGGGUUCAUUAGUGGCCUAUAGCGGGACACAGCACGGGAAUGUUUCAUUGAGGCAUAUUGGGCCAUAGAGAUUUCGAUUAUGGAUGCUUUGUGGUACCUCGCAACUGUUUACUUUGAUUGCGUGACGCACUACACGCCAUGAUUGAGUCAUAAUAGCGUGUCGCACACAUGCAGCUUAUAUGGUCCACAACAACCUGUAACGGUCAGAUACACUUUAUCAAUCAGGCAGAGCAGUAACAUUGUAAUGUGGCUUCAACCCCACGUUUGCUCAUGGUAAAGAGCGCGCAACCACCAGAACAGAAAGCAUUAAAUAACGUUAGGGAGGUCGUCAUGGCGAAGUGUGACUGAAGAAGGAAGAUGUUAACAUGUUUGCCACUGCAGUAAAUUACAUGGGCCUCUGUGUGCCCAGGCUCCUACAAGCAUCCAAGGAGGAGUUCAGUUCAGACGGGGUCAUUGGGCCCCACCUUUUCCUGAUUCUCCUCUCCAUUCUCCUGCUCCUGUUCUGGGCCAUCCAUUUGUGUAAGGACGAUGAUGAUGUCUUCGGCGACAUUGACCAAGCGCUGGUCAAUAACUUCACAGAGGGAGUUCAUCUCUACUACAGCUACCUCCAACGACUGGAGGAACUAACGUUACAUAUGGAGGACCUCACCUCUGAGGUGGACCUGGAAUCCUGCGCUGACCCCCAAUCGUGCUUUGACUCAUGCUCAUCCAGAUCAUCUUCUAGAUCACAUUCUAGACCACAUUCUAGAUCCUCCAGAUUUAGUGACUGCAGCACAUGCCGAACCUGCAAUAAACGGCGGAAACGGCAUCCACCUGACAGGUUUAAAUUCCUGAAAGGCGGUGGUCCAGAUAGUCACUGUUCUUCAGGUAGUUCUAUCCCACUGGCUAAGCCCUGCCUCAAGCUACCAGGAGGUGGUGAUGUUAAGGACAGUCACCAUGGCUCCACACACACCUCCUGUAGCUCCUCCUGCAACUCCUCUAGGUACGUGACUCCUUCUGACUCCCCUCAACCUCUGGAAUACCAGCCCUGCCCUCGUCAGCUUACUGCUAUUGGUUGGAGGCUAAACUGGACUCUGAUGGAGGCCAAACUGGACUCUCCUGUCGCUGUGCCUGUUGCUGCUGCUUCUACUGUCACUGGCUGUAAAGACAGAGCUGCCAGCCGCACAGACCGCUCCAGGACUCCGACUGCGAGACAUAUUCCAAUGGUAAGACAGCUGUUUGAGGUCGUGCCGAGGAAAGGAGACCCAGCCGUCCUGUGCCGCUGGUACCGCAGACACUUGGAACUCAACGUGACACAGAAGGUGGCCCGUAAGCGCUGGAGGAUUGCCGUGCUGAUGAUCUCCAUCAUUAGGUGGCUGCUCCCCGAGAGACUGAAGGGAGGAGGCACCACCAGCUCAACCUCCACCUCUGCAUCCACCACCACUACCACCACCACCACUACCACCCAGUUCAACACCUCAACCACCUCUCAGGCUAAGAAAGGAUCAAAGAUCACCAGGAAAACUGCCAGUGUUCCAGCUUUCUGCCCUCAGGGUGCCAAACCUCCAUCUCCCUCCAGGGCUCCAUGCCAGUCUCCAGGGUUAGAGGGUAAACCCAAGUCCAUCAUGAUGUACACUCAGGGCGCCAGGAUCCCCUUCAUUUGCCAGGAGGUCCGAGAGAAGCUUGAGUCUCAUGUUUGCCGCAAGCAGAGCCAGCGCCUCUGGGGCUUCCCCAAGCUGGUCACCAGGUACGUGGGCGACCUUGCGCUCCAGCAGCUCCCUACCUCCGGCAGCGCAGGCGACGGGAAGGUCAUGGGCAAUGUGACCGACCGUCAGGCGGUGUUCUCUGGACGAGCGCACCGCAACACAGAGUUCAGGUUGAAGAACAAGACUACAAGGCCAGCAGAGGAGCCGCAGGCUACUGCAGCCGUAGCGAAGGACAGCUCACCAGCCACCAGACCUGUAGAGAAGACUACCACCAGCACUGUGCUCCAGCCAGCCGAGAGCCACGCUACCAAACCUUCCCAGACCGGACACUCUCUGAACCAGACAUCCCCUGUGAGGAGCUUGACCCCGGAGAGAUGCUGGCUGGAGGAGAAGGUGAGGAGUAAGUAUAUGGAGGUGAAGCUCAAACACUUUCCCGGCAUGGUGGCCCAGUCAUACCACUCCGCCCUUGCUUCGGCAACCAGCCAUCCAACUAGGAAACCCACCCAGGUGGCAGAAGCCCCUGCUGUUGUUCUGAAACGCCCCGCCCCACUCAGACAGCGGGAUAAGGUGUUGUUCAUGGACCAGGAGGAGCUCAGGCACCUGGAGGACAACCUGAUCAUGAAACAUAUGGAGCACCUUCAGAGGCAGGGAGUGACCACCGACUCGGCCCCCUCGGCCCACACCCAGGGAGUGACCACCGCCUCGGCCCACACCCAGGGAGUGACGACCGCCUCGGCCCCCUCGGCCCACACCCAGCGAGUGACGACCGCCUCGGCCCCCUCGGCCCACACCCAGCGAGUGACGACCGCCUCGGUCCCCUCGGCCCACACCCAGGGAGUGACCACCGCCUCGGCCCACACCCAGCGAGUGACGACCGCCUCGGUCCCCUCGGCCCACACCCAGGGAGUGACCACCGCCUCGGCCCCCUCGGCCCACACCCAGGGAGUGACCACCGCCUCGGCCCACACCCAGCGAGUGACGACUGCUUCGGCCCCCUCUGCCCACACCCAGCGAGUGACGACUGCCUCGGCCCACGCGCAAAUCUCACACAGCCUGGCUCUAGAGACCUCGACUCACACAGCCACUGUCUCACAUCCCCAUCCUGCCCUCAUUAAACAGCUGGUUCUGAUGAAUGGUUUGGAAGGAGGCUUCGGGGAGCUCAAGACCCUACUGGCCCCACAGCAGCACGAGGUGAAACCUAGCUCAGCCACAGCCAAGGUGGUAUCCGGACCAGCUGAUUCUGCAGUAUCAUCCAACACUGAGACCCAAAGGUCCAGCGGGCUCCCUCUGCCUCCUUUGAUUAGGCCUCCCUCUCGUUUUAAUUCUGCACAUUCUACCUAA